AAAACAGAAAACCAAAAUUAACUUUACUAACCUCCGCAUCAAAGCAACCAAACCAUUCCCGCAGUCUCAGACCGGCAAGAGUUGGGUCAGUUGGUUUGUCAGUCGUCGUGUUCCUCGUUGUUUGUUUUUCUAAAAAAUGUUGCGAUUACUUUUGUUGUUUCUUUUAACUGGUUUAAAUCAUCUUGGUUAUCAUGCUACGUUGGCCAUUUCAUGCCCGGGAUGCGUGGAUUUGGAUGAGCUGAGUUUCCAAAAGACCAUUGAACGUUUUAAUUACACUUUGUGCAAAUUUGACAUUGCCUUUCCCUAUGGAGAUAAGCACGAGGCAUUCGCUGCCUUCUCGAGGGCAGCGCAUAAAGUCACAAAUGAUCUGCUAAUUGCCACUGUGGGCAUAAAAGACUAUGGCGAAAUGGAGAACAAGGAGCUGGGCGAUCGUUUUGGUGUGGAUCAAAAGAAAUUUCCAGCCAUCCAUCUCUUCAAGGGCAACAUGGAUGAAUUUGUUAAAUUUCCCGAUCAUCUGGACAUUACGUUGGACAAUUUGAAGGCUUUUGUUAGCAGUAACACGGAACUCUAUAUUGGACGCGAUGGUUGCCUCAAGCAAUUCAAUGAUGCCUUGAGAAACUAUGCCAACAAAGAGGACUCUGAACAAUUGGCAUUGAUUAAGGAACUUCAGGCGGAGCAGGAGAAACUGACCAAACCAGAUGAGCAAGCGAAUGCAAAGGUCUAUUUAAUGUACAUGAAGAAACUCAAUGAACUUGGCUAUGAAUUUCUCGAGGAGGAGACGAAACGUUUGCUACGUCUCAAGGCUGGAAAAGUGACGGCCGCCAAGAAGGUGGAAUUGCAUCAUAAACUCAAUAUUCUGGAAGCCUUUCGUGUCCAUAAAUUAACCAAGGCAAAGAGUCAAAAGCCAGAGCCAAAGAAGGAACUCUAAGAUAAUUUUCUAACUCUCUCAAUAUCUCUCUUCCUUUUCUUUUUCUUUAUUGUACUGUGUAGAAGAAAAUCACCAAAACCUCCAUAGAAAUAGUCAUAAUCAUAAAAUAAGCUUGCAAAUAUAUGUUUGUACAUUAAACCGAGAACGUUAACUAAA